AUGGGGACCCAGAAGCUGCCAGUCCAUGGAGCCCAUGACAAGGAGCUUUUCUUUAGAUUUAAGAACAAAGAAAACCUUGUGAAGGAUUUAAACACCAGGCUCACAUGCUCACAUCUGUAUUUCCAAAAGAUCCUGCUAGCUCCACUCCAGAAACUAAAACGAUCACUUUCUUUCAAGACCAAGAGUUUACGGAGCAAAAGUGCUGACAACUUCUUCCAGCGAACGAACAGCGACGUGAAGCUGCAGGGGGACAUGCUGGCUGAGGUCAGCCCCAGCUCCAGCCCACUCCCCGCUUCUGGAAGCCUGACAUCUACACCCACCAGGACCGGCCUGUACCCAGGGGCUGGCAGCAAGGCCCAUGCCUUUCAGGAGCAUAUCUUCAAGAAGCCCACUUUCUGUGAUGUCUGCAACCACAUGAUCGUGGCCUGUGGCAAUAAGGUGGACCCUGUCUAUGAGACCCUCCGCUUCGGCACCUCCCUGGCCCAGAGAACCAAGAAGGGCAGCUCCGGCAGUGGCUCUGAUUCGCCUCACAGAACCUCUACUUCAGAUCUCGUGGAGGUUCCUGAAGAACCUGACGGGCCAGGAGGUGGGUAUGACCCACGGAAACGCAGCAACAGUGUUUUUACUUAUCCAGAAAAUGGCACUGACGAUUUCAGACACCAAGCAAAGAACAUAAACCACCAGGGAUCUCUUUCCAAAGAACCAUUACAGAUGAACACCUAUGUUGCCUUGUACAAAUUUGUACCACAGGAGAAUGAAGAUUUGGAAAUGAGGCCAGGAGACAUGAUUACUCUUCUAGAAGACACCAAUGAAGACUGGUGGAAAGGGAAAAUUCAAGACAGGAUUGGCUUCUUUCCGGCCAACUUUGUUCAGAGAGUGCAACAAAACGAGAAGAUUUUUAGAUGUGUUAGGACCUUCCUUGGGUGUAAAGAACAGGGGCAGAUGACACUGAAAGAGAAUCAGAUCUGCGUGACUUCCGAAGAGGAGCAGGAUGGCUUUAUCAGAGUCCUCAGUGGGAAGAAGAGAGGCCUCGUCCCCCUGGAUGUCUUAGAAAACAUCUGAUUGCUGGCCCUUCCUGCCUUUGCGGUGGCCGGGCUCCGCUGCGAUGCCUCAUCUCACGCUGUGUCCACGCAGAGGAGCUGCCGCACUGACCCGCCCCCCCGGGAAACAGUGAGACAAGACUCACGGAUCUGAGACUGGGGUACCAGCCACAAGACAGAGGCCCCAUCUCACAGCAUUGCCGGGCUGCCCACGGUGGGGGCGGGGCUGAGAGAGCUGAGUGCCGUGCAGGUGGUGGCGGCGGCAGGGCGGUAGCCACAGCUGUCCCUGAGGACCCACCUCAUCCCUGUCCAUGUGAUGUAAGUUAGCCCACUGGAGUGUGCUCCAGCUCGCGGCGUGGGCCCAGUGCGAGGCUCGGAUCCCCACAGCCAAGUGUGAUUCUGGUUCCAGACGCGUGUCCCCAGUGCCGGCCCAUCCGCAUCAUCACAUUUGCCGUCUCUCUGCAGAGCAUCAGGAAGUCCUGCUUCCCAGCCCCCAACAUGCGAGGGCUCCCCGCAGCCCCCUCACUUUGUGAUUGCGCUGUCUCUUCUGUCCUCUGAGUGAGUCCUAAGGGUGCUGUGAGACGUGAGGGCUGAGCUGGUGGCACCAGCUGCUAUUCUAAUUACCGACAGAGGUGCCAGAGAAGGACACGAGGCACUGAUACAGAGGGCAAAGUAGGAGUAGGUGGGGCAGAGAGCCUGAUUUAUUGAAGAUUAUGCAGCCCCUUCAGUUAGAAAAGCAUUUCCCUGCGGAGAGGAAGCUGGGAAAGAGAAUGGGGCAAAAAGUCCCAGCAAUGAGCCCAUUUCAUUUCACAUCCUCUGUACUAGGGGCAGCAUUUUCGCUCAUGCCAUCCUGGAGGAUCCCCUUUUGGAGGCUGAGCCCACCCUGGAGAGAACUAGAAACAUGGAGGAGAACCAAUAGCAUCUUAGGAGAAAAGUAGCCAAAUCAAAAUCCAUUCUUCUCUAGGGCAGUAUAUUAUACCCUAGCAGAUGUAAAAUGGAAACAAAUCCUUAGUGCUUCAUCCCUCAGAAAGUAGAGGAACUUGGGUCCUAUUUAGCAUCAAGUAGGAGAGUCUCUCUUACUCUAUACUUGUACUAAUGUUUACAAGCAUUCGAUAUACUGUGAUGCCUCCCUCCGCAAGCCUCCUCCUAGCAUUCAAACUUGCAUCUGAUUACUUAGUCAUUAAUAUGGUUAAACUUCAAUUCAUAAUGACCUUGGGAUCAAUGUCAGCUCAAUUUAUUUUGUUACAGAGCAAUAAAAGCAUUAGAACAACUGGUUUUUAAAAGACUUAAGUGGGUACAUCUUAUGCAUGUAAGCAUUACUUCCCAAACCCUAGUAUCAUUAAUCUCCAUUUAUUUCUUUUGUUACUGCUCAGCAUGAUGUUGGGAGCUGAGAGGGGAUGGCUGCUGGUUUCACAGUAGUUUGGUUGCCUUACUAUCAUUUUAAAGCCAGCAUCCAGAAUUUUCUCCCUCUCCAGUACAACCUGCAAAACUGAGUGUACAGAGUCAAGAUGGGUUCUCCGAGAACCAGGGUGGAUAAUAUGACUGCCAUUCUCUAAAAUGGAAUGCCAGAGUACAAACACUCUCUGCCUCUAACUGAGUAGUCCAUUGAAUAAAGACAACACAGUGGCUGGAAGGAGCAUAGAAAACGUGUGUCCUGAUCUUUCUGGUGGAGUAUCCACUGAAGUUUUUGGGUACAGUGGUAUCAUAUCCUAGACAAAUUUAACUUGCAUUACAAAAUCAGUUUGCCUUUGGAAACCGAAUAGAAGGAGGCUGCUGUAGCCAGCCCCCACGGUGGUCCCCCAGUGCUCCCCCGCAUCCUGAUAUUCUCGCCUUUGUGUAGCCCACUCCCACAUUGAAUCAGGACUGAUCUUAUGUGACCAAUAAAAUACAGCAGAAGUCCUACCACAUGACAUCUGAGGCUAGGCAAAAGAAGUCCUUGCAACUUCUGUCUUGCUCUCUGGGAACACUCACCCUUGGAACCCUGAGCCACCAUGUAAGUUUACCUACUUUGAGGCCACGGUGUGGGGGAGGCCCAGUGGACAGACCAUAUGUGUCUGCAGCUGGGAUCCCGGACAUCAGCAGCCAUCCCUGCUGGGCCUGCCCAAGUGAUAGAUUUAUGAACAAAAUAAAUACGAUUUGGUGGUUUUUAA